AUGGCUGCUUUGACGCGCUCAACCGUUGAACGGCUAGACAGGCCUAGUACUUAUUAUUCUGGAAGGAAGAAGCGCAAGUAUGGCAGAGACCAGCCAGACGACAGAGACGGCGCAGGCAAACAGCCGGAAGAGGACGACCUGCUCAAAGACGCGACCACUCUAUAUGUUGGCAAUCUGUCAUUCUACACGACCGAAGAACAGAUCCACGAGCUCUUCUCAAAAUGCGGUGAGAUCAAGCGUCUGAUCAUGGGCCUCGAUCGGUACCAAAAAACGCCCUGCGGCUUCUGCUUCGUCGAGUACUAUACGCAUCAAGACGCUCUUGACUGCAUGAAAUACAUUGGUGGGACCAAACUAGACGAACGAGUCAUUCGGACCGAUCUGGAUGCGGGUUUCGAAGAUGGAAGACAAUUUGGUCGCGGCAAAUCUGGUGGACAGGUUCGUGACGAAUAUCGCGACGAAUUCGAUCCUGGACGAGGAGGUUACGGCAGAGCCAUUGACGCCGAACGAAGGAAAGAAGAGGAAGAAUAUGGCAGUGGACGAUAA